ACUAGUUCACUUUCUGUUUUAGAAGUUAAAAAAUAAACAAACAUGGUUUACUAUAGAGAGACUACGACAAUGAUCUCUGAUUUAGUGUUAAGUGCAUGUUCUUUUGUGGCUGGAACAAUGCGAAUGAACAGAAUGAGAGCAUAUUCAUGGAGAUAUGCAACAAUUGGUUGGUUUGGAAUGUUUGGAUUUUCAUUCAUAGGUUUUGCUGCAUUUCUGGGGUUUUUAAGAUUUGGAUAUUUUUUUCCAAGAAGACAACAUUCCCUUGAGAGUUGGCACAAAUAUUUUACAGCUCUAGCAUCUAUUAUCGGUCUACCAAUGAUUGCAGCAGCAUAUACUCAACGAACAGAAUACCAGAAUUUGUGUUGGAUGUUUUUAGUUCUUUCAAUAAUUAGCACCUUAUUACAUUGUAUAGAAGCUCUACAUGUCGCUGUACGUGAUUUCUGUGCAGUUGUUUCAGUGUUGUUUGUGAUCAUUUCAGCAGUGUUCAUGGAAUAUCGUGGACAAGUCAACAGAUACUCUUUGGCUGGAUCUUGUUGCUUUAUAUUUGCUACUAUUGUAUCUGAUCAGGGCCGUGGAUUUCAGGGAAUCAAGAAUGUGGAUUUGUUUCAUUAUUUCCUUUCUGUCGGAGUUUGCCUGUUAUCAGAAGGUCUUUUGCUUUAAAUGUGUUUUUCCAAAAAGCACUGCACUAUUGUUGUCAGCAUACCCGAAUUGUUGCAGUGAUCAACUUUUUAUGACGAAAGUGCAAGUAUUCUAUGCGUAUGUAUGCGAGAUACUUAGCUUAGUUGUUUCUUUUUAAAAGUAUGUAGCGA